AUGUACGCCAAACUUGCAGCUAUUGCCGCCCUCGGCGCCACGGCCUCUGCCUACGACAUCCCCGACAACCUGCGCCAAAUCUACAACAACCACAAGAGUGGCGGCUGCAGCAGCUCUCUUGCUGGACCCUUUGCCGGUGGUGCCAGCUACUGCGCUGACAUCCCCAAUGCCAUCUUCCUCAAGGGCAACGGACAGUAUGACAACAUGGACACUGACUGCGACGGCCUCGACAACACCGCUGGCGACUGCGGCGACGACCAGACGGGCCAGAGCCAGACUGCUUUCCAGGGUCUUGCCCAGUCUUACGGCAUCGAGGAUCUCAAUGCCAACAUCCACACCUACGUUGUCUUUGGUAACGAGGGCGGCAACCCCAGCUUCAACCCCCAGAACCACGGCAUCAAGCCCUUGAGUGUCAUGGCUGUUGUCUGCAACAACCAGGUCUACUAUGGUGUCUGGGGUGAUACCAACGGCGGCACCACCACCGGCGAGGCUGCCAUCUCCCUCGGCCAGAUCUGCUUCCCCAACGAGGGCAUCCGUGGCAACAACGGCCACGGCCCCAACGACGUCCUCUACAUUGCCUUUACUGGUGAUGAGGCCGUGCCUGGCAAGAACGGCGCCAACUGGAAAGCUGGUGACAAGUGGACCUUUGAGGAGAGUAUCCGCGGCCUUGGUGAGCGUCUUGUCUCCCAGCUUCCCGGCGGCGGCGGCGGCUCUCAGCCUCCUCCUACUGGCGGCAACUGCUCGUGGGCAGGACACUGCGAAGGUGCCACUUGCGGCAGCGACAACGACUGCUCCGACGACCUUACCUGCUCUGGUGGUCGUUGCUCCAAGGGUGGUAACUCUUCUCCCCCUCCUCCUCCUCCUUGCUCUUGGCAGGGACACUGCCUCGGCGACCGCUGCAGCAACGAAAACGACUGCGCCGACAACUUUGUCUGCAAGAGCGGCAAGUGUGCCAACCCUUAA